CUUCCUCUUCUCAGCGGCAGCUCUCUCCAUAUCUCGUUCUCUCCUAGGGUUAGGGUUAACUUCUUCUUCAGGCGAUGGCCGAUGAGACUGCGACGACGGGGUUGCUGGGGUUCAAGCCGCAGCUGGUUGUGCCGGGGAUGAAGGCGGAGGUAGCAGUGCAGUUCUAUAAGGCAGCAUUCGGAGCGAAGGAGCUCCGGCGGGUGGCGCAUCCCAAGCGCAAGGCAGAGCAAGAGCUCCCCCUCAUCCUCUCCGCCGAGCUCAAGAUCGGCUCGUCGUUCCUGCUCGUCAACGACCGCUUCGACGACGCGGGGGAGGACGGCUCCACGGUGGCGAGUGGUGGUGGAAUCUUGUUGCGGCUGGAGGCGGAGGAUUUGGACGCGGUCAUGAAGAAGGCGGUGACCGCAGGAGCGGAGAUCGUUGGCGAGGUGACGGAGUAUGAGGGUGGCGUUUGUGGGAAGGUGAGGGACCCGUUCGGCGUGGUCUGGGCCAUCGCGGCCGUGGGCAAGAAGUGCCCCGAGGCGGAGGCUUGAACUGGGCAGUCGCAAAGUAGUCCAACGUUGGGUAUACCCUUCUAUUGGGUUUGUGCCCUUCAAGACUGUUGUUAAGGGCGACGGGCGUCGUCACAGUCGUCGUUAGAGCUUCCCUUAGACCAAGGCUCUUCUUUUGCAGGAAAUGAGGCCAGGCAGACCAUCGCAUCGUGGUCUCUGCUGUACCUGAUACCUAUUUUCCAUUUCAAAGGCUUCAGCUCUGGUUUA